AUGCCUCCGCAGAAUAGGAUACUGGACCGCGGGGACGAUGACGAAGUCUGCCCCGUCUGCAAGUCCUCGCGGUAUUUGAACCCGGACAUGCGAUUCCUCAUCAAUCCAGAAUGUUACCAUAAGAUGUGCGAGUCGUGCGUGGACCGAAUAUUCUCUGGAGGACCAGCGAACUGUCCGGUUGCAGGGUGUCAUAAGACGUUGCGGAAGAAUCGAUUUCGGAAGCAGACAUUCGAAGACAUCAACGUGGAAAGGGAGGUUGAUAUCCGGCGCAAGGUGAUGCAAAUUCUCAACCGCCGCGAAGAAGAAUUUGACUCGAAACGAGCCUGGGACGACUUCCUUGAACAGCGCGAAGAGAUCAUCGCAAACCUCGUCACUGGCACGGACGUCUCCAAAACCGAAUCCGACCUACAAGCCUACGCAUCCGAGAACGUCCGCUCCAUCCGCGCGAACCAAGCUCUCGAAGCCCAAGAAGCCACAUCAUUCCAGGAACAACAGACACUCGAGCAAGAACAAGCACGUCUUCGCCGCCAGGCCGCAAGACAGGAAUACGAAGAUGAACGGCGCGAGAUCCUUGCUGGUCGGGAGGACGUCAUCAGUCGUCUUGCGUCUGGGAAGCCUACAGAUGCAGCGACAAUCGCGCGCGAGGGCCAGAAGGUUCUGCUCAAGAAGUCUUCUGCGCGUCGUAGUGAGGAGGAGCGGAUUCGACAGAAACAGGCUGCGUUGCGGAACUCGGAUGCUAAGAAGGCUGAAGCUCCAGUGGCUACAACAGAGCGGGCUGGCGAUACUGGUUUGAUCAAGGGUCUGAAGAAGAUCAAGACUCCAGAACCGGAGAAGCCGUACGAUCCUUUUAUGGGGAUGGUGCCAAACAAGCGGGAUUACUAUACGUUACGGGAUCAUUACCCAUCCGGUUACCUCGAUCCUAUCAGACAGGAUACCCGUAUGCAGGCUGGCGGGUACGACGUGCGGGAGUACUACUCGCGUACUUUGCUCGAGGCAUUUGCCGGAUUGGGUUGCUUUGUCGAUGAAGAAGUGUCUAAGCGAGAUGCAUCGACUGCAUUGGGUUUGUCCAGACCAGCUACUGAGGGAGCAGCCAUGGCCGCUGUUACCAGUUCUGGGUUGAACGAUGAGAAUAUAUGA